UGUAGGAGGCACUGAACUGUGACUGUCAAAGUUAAAAUUUUAGGUUAGUUUCUUAUUGUUAUCGUUUGUUAUCUUCAUUAUGUUAUUUACAUUUCAACAAAUUCAUCUGAUUGCUCAAUAUUUUAUUUUAUUUGAAUCCUAGACUUCUAUAGAGAAGUGCAUUCAUAAAGCUAUCAUAUUUUGAAAUAUCCUUGGGGCAAAAUAGUUAAAAUUUAUGUUCACUGCUUGGCUAGGUCAAAACACACAUGAACAAUGACUCUUCCAUCACCCCCAAUGGCUGGCUGUGUGAACAGUCACACUGACAUUGCAAAAGAGAAGCAAUUGAAAGUAUUUGUCAAACAAAUGCUGGUUCAUCAAACGUUUGAAGCGGUUUACCAGGAGAGGAGAUGGAAUCAAACUGUGAAUGCUUAUAGAGAUCUGGUGGUGAUACCUAAAGAUGGUAAUGAACAAUUUCUGAAAGACUUGGAAGUGGUCAGAUCGAGACUAAUUGAGUUCUACAAAGGAUCAAAAUGGAUUGGCUUAACUCCUCCAACUUUGAUAGGUGCUCCUGCUGGGGGAUUCUGCCUCUGGUUGAAUCUAGAGAACACCGCUUUUGGGAAGCACAAGUUUCGAGUGAGAAGAGUCAAGUUCUUCGAUAACGAAAUCUGUCUUGAGAUCAAAAGUACUAGUGAAAUCGACAACCUCUCAACGAGCACAGACUCUGACGUCACGGCCAACGGGAGUCGAGAAACCGAACAAUCAACAAGCGAACCCUUCGACGUACAACUCAAAGAAAUCUCCGCCUCAGUGCUCGCACUCCUCACCAGGGAAAACGCUAUCGAAGCUGCCAGAUUCCUCUCCAUCCUGAUCGCUACCCUCAUAACUGUUUUCACAAAAAUCGUUUACAAUUCAGGUGAUUUCACGCUGAAGCUAAUGGAUAGACUCAUUAGACUUGUGCAAGUUAUGAUGCCGCUGCUGUUGAGUAUAGUAGAUCUCUUCAAGAAAACCAUCGGAGGAUUCCUGAUCCUAUUGUCCAUGAUGUGGAACUCGUACUGGCAUAGUGGCGGUCCUGCCCCGCCUCCAGGCUUUAGACCCCGCGCUUUGGAUUUCGGAAAUGAUAGGAAACGUUAUCAGCCACAGCCUAGGCACGGAUAUCAGUAUCAACGAUAUUGAUUACUGAUUUUUAUAUUUGUUGUUCAGUCACGAGAAAAAAGCUUGAUAUUGCAGCGCCGUAAUAGUAACAUGCCUACCCGAGUUUUUUCUCAUAACUGAACCAUCUUCUAUCACUGAUAUUAAAAGUUGAUGUAUGACAGAUUAUAUGAAGACACUGCACAAGGAACAAUCUCGGUGGUAUCAGCGAUAUUCAUAACUAUAAUUUAUAGUUAAUAAUUCGAAUUCAUGCGUGAUAACUGAUAUUGAUGGGUGAUUAAUGCUGUUGAAAGAUAAUAAGUGCUAUUGAUAGAUGAGUUUCUCUCAUUGAUAGAUUGAGGUUCUAUUGUUUUCUUAUAUGAAGCACUUCGAUGAGGUUCUCAACAUCACCUUUAAUACUGAUAUUGUUAGCUUACAUGAUAAUUGAUGGUAGUGUAUUUGGUCAGAUAGUUUUGAUGAUGUUUAUCCAUGUCACGUUUAUCAAGAAUAAGAAUGUUAGCUGGUGUAGUGAUUGUUGCAGCAAAUAUGUAACUCUUCUUUCAAAAAGAAACCGAAUAGCUGUAGAGUAUUGGCAUAUCUUUCUUGAAGAUUAAUUGAUUCAAUUAGUUCUAUUCAUUGAUUAUAAGGUAUAUAAAAAUAUGAAAUAGUAAAUGAUUUUCAGUUUAUAGGGUUGGAACUUUGACGUGUGAGUUUGUCUAGUAAAUAUUGCAGCAGAUAUGGUUUUUUUAGUUACUAUUCAUGCUUUUUCAGAUGUAAUUGAAAAAAGUGUUGGGAUAUAGGGCUAUGCAUCCUUUUGUGUGUUUUGAGCAUAAAAACCCUAAUCCGCAGAUAAGACAACAGAUUGAUAUUGAAUACUUGGUCAGUCUAAACCCUAGGAUAAAACUUGGAAUUCCAUUGAUACAGGAAUAUUGACUAUAUUUUUCAUACGGAAGCAGCCGGCGGGCGAUGUAAUUAAUAAUGUUUGUGUAUCUUGAAGUCAGCUUUUCCUGUAAUGCAGGGUCUUCCCAGCUAGUCAAUUUUUUGACAAAUGACUAUAAAUGCACUGUGAUAAUAGUUUUAUAUACGGUAUCUUCUUGAAAAAUAUAAUCAAGUUCCAGAGAAACAAGGUUAAAAAAUUUCUGGAAGACUAACUUUUGAAACUAGUAGCUUGAUAUUAACUUGAAAUUUUGGCGAAGUUUAUGAAUUUCUCUUCAACUAACAAUAAUCAUUAUUCCUUUUUUUGGAAAACCAAUCAGUUUUUUAUCAUAUUUAAACUGAUAGCUACUCAUUUACUACAUUCUAGAAUGUAUUUGCAGCAAUACUGUUUGUUUUUAUUAUUAGUGAACUACAGAUAAAUUAGAUUGAACCGCUAUUUAUAAUAAACAGCUUCCAGUAUCAUGAUGGUAUUGAGGAAAUUCAAUGUAAUGUGUUUCUUACUAACAAUAAAAUAUUAUGAAUCAUAUUACUCAUCAUAUUCAAAUUAGAGGUAAGAAAUAGGGAAACGUUUUGUGGUUUGGAUCUUUUGUUUGUUAUUCUUUGGGGAUGUAUAUCUAUUUUAUUGUUGUAAGACCGUAGUUAUUAGUUUUAAAUAUGCUUGUGAGCUUAGUUACAUCACAUAAUCUAAUAGCAAAACUUUUACAAUUUUUACCUUGUUGAGAACAAAAUUGUUUUACAAAUUAUUAUGAUAUAAUGAAUUAGUUUUUUAUUAAAUUUUCUUUGGCAAUACCUGAAUCAUGUUAGUAUUAAAUGAUUAAAACAUGGAUACAUUUACCCUGGUAAGGUAUUUUAUACUGACUUGGAUCACAGAGUUUCAGUUACCAACUUGAGUUUAAUUAUUAUCAUGCAUGAAUUUUUUAAUAGAACUUCACUAUUAUCAAAUAUAUUUAUAAAAUAAGUUUUUAUGUUCUUCGCACUCUCUGUUGAUUAUUUGGAUUAUUGUAUUUUUCUAUACUUUUAUAGUUAUUAAACAACUAUGUGUUAUU